AUGGCCAACGAGGGCGACCGGCCAACCUCCGCCGACAAGGGCAAGGGCAAAGUCGACGAUGUUCGCGAGUUGAACGGCAAGAACGCCGAAAAUGGCGAGAAGCCAACAAACGAAAAGAAGAAGGAUGAGGUCUCUCAAGAUGAGGAGCUCAGUGAAGAAGAUCAACAAUUGAAGAGCGAACUCGAGAUGCUCGUUGAGCGGUUAAAGGAACCAGAUACCACGCUCUAUGCACCCGCCUUGGACGCGAUCAAGAAUUUCAUCAAGACAUCUACAUCCUCCAUGACAGCUGUUCCCAAGCCUCUCAAGUUCCUCCGACCCCAUUACGAUGCUUUGGCAGGGCUAUAUGAUGAAUGGGUUGCAGGCCCCGUAAAGAACUCAUUGGCCGAUAUGCUGUCAGUGCUCGGGAUGACAUACGGAGAUGAAGAGAAGCUGGAGACUAUCAAAUAUCGCCUGUUGGCCAAAUCGGAGGACCUUGGCUCGUGGGGUCACGAAUACGUCCGACACCUCGCACUGGAAAUUGGACAGGAAUACCAGAACCGGUUGAACUCAGAACAGGACACCCAGGAUUUGGUGGACCUUGCAUUGUCGCUGGUGCCUUAUUUCCUGAGUCACAAUGCUGAAGCUGACGCAGUGGAUCUCAUGAGCGAGCUGGAGAUUAUCGAAGAUAUCCCUCAGUUCGUUGACGAGAACACAUAUGCUCGUGUCUGCUUGUAUAUGGUCAGCAUGGUCAAUCUCCUUACUUAUCCUGAAGAUCAGCAAUUCCUUCGAACCGCGCACGAGAUCUACGUUCGCUACAACAAACUUUCGCAAGCUAUCGUGCUCGCCAUCCGAUUGAACGACACCGAUUUGAUCAAGAGUGACAUCCACGCCACAACCGACAUGGCGCUGAAGAAACAAAUGGCUUUCCUUGUUGCCCGGCAGCAAAUCUGGCUCGACCUCCCGGCCGAAGAUGAAGAGGGAGAGGCAUUGGCGGAUUGUCUCAACAACACUUCCAUCCCAAAACACUUCAAAUCCUUGGGCAAGGAACUUAACAUCCUGGACCCCAAGAUGCCGGAGGAUAUCUACAAGACACACUUGGAGAGCAGUCGCGGAGCCGGCCUCACCAACCUGGAUUCGGCACGACACAACUUGGCGAGCGCCUUCGUCAACUCAUUUGCUAACGCCGGCUUUGGUAACGACAAGAUGAUGCUCGUGGAGGGUGAUAAGGGUCCUUGGGUAUGGAAGACCAAGGACGAUGGCAUGCUUUCCACAACUGCAUCGCUGGGUAUGCUGCUGCACCGUGAUGUUGAGGAGGGCUUGGACAAGAUCGACAAGUUCACCUACGCGCAAGAAGACCAGGUCAAGGCCGGUGCAUUGCUCGCUAUCGGUAUCCUAAACUCCGGCGUUCGCAUUGACUCUGAUCCCGCUUUCGCCCUUCUGACUGAUCUUGAUAACCUCGAGGCGAAGAACGUGCCGAUGAGAGUCGCAUCCAUCAUGGGCCUUGGUCUGGCAUACGCCGGAUCCAACAAAGAAGAGCUGCUUGAGGCCCUUCUUCCCAUUGUGGAGGAUACCUCACUGGAUAUGCAGUUGUCCGCCAUGGCAGCUGUCUCACUGGGUCUUGUCUUCGUUGGUUCAUCUAAUCACCGAGUCAGUGAGGCAAUUGCGACGACUUUGAUGGAUGAAGACCGCCAGAAACAGCUCAAGGACAAGUGGACAAGGUUCAUGGCCCUCGGCCUGGCACUUUUGUACUUCGGCCGCCAAGAGGAGGUCGAUGUCAUUCUUGAUAUUCUCAAGGCGGUCGACCACCCCAUGGCGAAGCCUACCUCAGUCCUUGCCUCGGUAUGCGCCUGGGCGGGCACUGGCACAGUGCUCAAGUUGCAAGAGCUUCUUCACAUCUGCAAUGACAUCAUUGAAGAGAAGGAGGAGAACAAGGGUGAUGAGCUUGUCCAGUCGUACGCUGUACUCGGUCUAUCUCUUAUCGCUAUGGGUGAGGAUGUUGGCCAGGACAUGAUCCUCCGCCAGUUUGGUCAUCUCAUGCACUACGGAUCAAGCAACAUCCGCCGGGCAGUUCCCCUGGCCAUGGGCUUGAUCAGCCCCAGCAACCCACAGAUGAAGGUCUACGACACAUUGUCUCGGUACAGUCACGAUAAUGACAACGACGUCGCCAUUAACGCCAUUUUCGCCAUGGGUCUCUGCGGAGCGGGUACCAACAAUGCCCGUCUCGCACAGCUGCUCCGCCAAUUGGCAAGCUACUACCACCGCGACCAGAACUCACUAUUCAUGGUUCGCAUCGCCCAGGGUUUGCUACACAUGGGCAAGGGUACUAUGACUCUUAACCCCUUCCACACCGAUCGACAGGUCCUCUCCCGUGUCUCAGCAGCGGGUUUGCUUACUGUCCUUGUAUCACUCAUUGAUGCCAAGCAAUUCAUCCUCGCUGAACACCACUACCUGCUCUACUUCCUCAUUACCGCCAUGUUCCCUCGCUUCCUUAUUACCCUCGAUGAGGAUCUUCAGCCCCUCACUGUCAACGUCCGUGUUGGUCAGGCUGUCGACGUAGUCGGCCAGGCGGGUCGUCCGAAGACUAUCACUGGAUGGCAGACUCAGAGCACGCCUGUGCUCUUGGCUCAUGGUGAGCGAGCCGAGCUUGAGGAUGAGCAGUAUAUUCCUCUGAGUAACAUUCUCGAAGGCUUGGUUAUCUUGCGCAAGAACCCCGACUAUGAAAGCCCUGAAUAA